AUGAGAGCUGCGCGAAUCUUUAUUGAAGAGUCCAAAGAGCUUGGAGUCUUUGACAAGAUCAGACAAGUCAGAGUUGAUCUGUAUGGGUCGUUAGCAGCUACUGGAAUCGGCCACGGAACAGAUACGGCUAUCUUGCUCGGAUUGGAAGGCGAGACUCCCGAAGGCGUCGAUACGGACACGAUCAAGUCCCGGGUCGAUGUUAUCAAGGAAACAAAAAGUCUGACUCUUGGAUCGAACAAGAUUUCCUUCGACCCUAAAACGAACAUUGUAUUUCAUAAAGAGUCUUUGCCACAACAUCCCAAUGGAAUGAGACUAUCUACGUAUGACGCUGAAGGAGACUUGUUGUCAGUUAAUGAAUUUUACAGCAUCGGUGGUGGGUUUGUGGUGAAUGAGAAGACACGUGUCGCAGAUAAUGUAUAUUAUAAGGACGCUCGUGUAGACCACGCCUUGGAUCCUUCAUCUGUCGAUGUCUCGGAAAUUCAUUUUCUCAAUGGCAAGUCCAAACCACAAUCGAAAAAAGGUCGUCCUGUGUCGCCAUCUAGUCCAGCUCGAACUGCUCAGAACUUUGUUAGAGCUGCACUUCCAUUCCAUAAUGCCGCCAGUUUAUUGGAUAUUUGUGAGAAGGAAAAGCUCAGUAUUGCUCAAGUGGUUUACAAAAAUGAGCUCCAGUGGCGAUCCUCUGAAGAAAUCAAGAAACGAUUAUUGGGAAUAUGGGAUGUCAUGAAUAAAUCUAUUGAAAAUGGUAUCAAUUCUACUGAGACGUAUCUUCCUGGACUGUUGAAAGUUAAACGAAGAUCACCAGCAUUAUAUAAACAGCUCAUGGCCAACGUCGGACAACAAAACGGACAGCCAGUGCCGAAUCUGGCCAAAUCACCAGUAUUGAGUGCCCUCAGUGUAUUUGCUAUCGCUGUGCAAGAAGAAAAUGCAGCUAUGAGACGAGUCGUGACUGCUCCUACUAAUGGCGCUGCUGGUGUGGUUCCGUCAGUCCUUAAGUGUUAUUUGACAUUCUUUUCACCGCCAAAUCGUUCGUUGAUUGAUCAAGAACGAGAGUAUCUUCUUACUGCGGCUGCCAUCGGUAUGCUGUACAAACGAGGGGCCAGUAUAAGCGCUGCUGAGGGGUGUCAGGGAGAGAUUGGCGUGGCCACUAGUAUGUCUGCGGCUGGAAUAUGUGCAAUACUUGGUGGUACGCCUCAACAAGUUGAGAAUGCAGCUGAAAUAGGGAUGGAGCACAGUCUCGGGCUGACAUGUGAUCCAGUGAAUGGAGCUGUGUUGAUUCCUUGUAUUGAGCGAAAUGCGAUAGGAUCGGUCAAAGCAGUCACGUCAGCUCAACUUGCUUUGAAUGGCGAUGGAUCCCACAAGGUUUCACUAGAUAACGUCAUAGAAACAAUGCGACAAACUGGUUUGGAGAUGUCGCACAAGUAUAAGGAAACAUCACUUGGUGGUUUAGCAAUAAACGUUCCAGUUUGUUAG